GUCACAGAGCGGCGCGUGCGUCCCGUCCCGCCUGCCCAGCUGUGACGGAGGUGCCUGCUGGACGGAUUCGGAACCUGAGACGGACACAACCGGGACUAGAAAUAGUGGGGACGAGAUUCGGGACGCCGAGACUCAAUGAAGUGAGCGGAGAUCGGCGGCUGCGGAGAGGAAGACCGCUCGACUGGACUUGGAGCCCCGCACGCACGGGGCAUGUGUGCUUCGCGGGACUGUACAUCAGAAAUGAUUCUCCUGGACCUGUGGGAUGCGUUAGCUCUGAAGACGGCCUGCCGCUGUGAAGUCUGAAGCGGGACGCACCCGACCCGAGCCACAGCUCUCAGCAUGGCUCCAGUUCCUCUGGGAGUACGUCUGCUCGUCUCCUUCAACAGGGAGCAGUGGUACCGUGCGCUCACCUUCCUCCUCACCUUCCUCCUCUACACAAGCUUCCACCUGUCCAGGAAACCAAUCAGCAUCGUCAAGAGUGAGCUCCACAAGAACUGUUCCUCUGCAUCUGCGGCAGAAGCCUCCACACUCACAGCCGCUGGUCAGCACCUGUCUCACCACGACUGCAGCUGGAAGCCCUUUGAUAAGAGCAACUACAAGCAGCUGCUAGGAGCACUGGACUACUCCUUCCUGUGUGCUUACGCCGUGGGGAUGUACCUAAGUGGCAUCAUCGGCGAACGACUGCCCAUCCGGCUGUACCUAACGGUCGGCAUGCUGACGAGUGGACUCUUCACCUGUCUGUUUGGACUGGGCUUCACCUUCAACAUUCACAACAUGAGCUUCUACAUCAUCGUCCAGGUGGCAAACGGUUUGGUUCAGACCACUGGUUGGCCCAGUGUGGUUGCCUGCAUCGGGAACUGGUUUGGAAAAGGGAGGCGUGGGCUCAUCAUGGGGCUAUGGAAUUCUCACACCUCAGUGGGGAACAUCCUGGGCUCCCUGAUCGCUGGAUACUGGGUCUCUUCAAACUGGGGUUUGUCCUUCAUUGUCCCAGGACUUAUCAUUGCAGCCAUGGGGGUGGUCUGCUUCCUCUUCCUGAUCGAACAUCCAAACGACCUGAAAAGCGUGUUUGAUGACGGUACCCCUGCUGGACACCAGGUGACCUUGAAGAGCCGAAGCAGCACCAACGGACACAGUGAGACUUACCUGCAGUACAAAGAAAACAAAGCUCCGGGCUACUGCAGCUACCCAGAUAGUGUUCAGAACAGGAAGAGCUUCGACACAGAGCUGCUGUUGCCACGGGAGACUAGCUGUGUCCUGGUUCAACCCGUGGUGGUGGUGAAGAGUGAGUCGGAGCCUGCAGCCAUCAGUUUCAUGGGCGCGCUGCGCAUCCCGGGAGUCAUCGAGUUUUCUCUGUGCCUGCUCUUUGCCAAGUUGGUCAGCUACACAUUCCUCUUCUGGCUGCCGCUCUACAUCACCAAAGCUGCUCAUCUGGAUGCCAAGCAGGCUGGAGAUCUUUCCACGCUGUUCGACGUAGGAGGGAUUGUGGGUGGCAUCCUGGCUGGCGUGACCUCUGACAAACUGUGCAUGAGAGCCACGACCUGUGCUGUCAUGCUGCUGCUCGCCGCUCCAACACUCUACGGCUUCUCCAUGAUCAGCGAGCUGGGCUUUGGACCAACCGUGGCCAUGUUGCUGGUGUGUGGGGGGCUUGUCAACGGACCCUACGCUCUCAUCACCACGGCUGUCUCAGCAGAUCUGGGAACCCACAAGAGCCUGAAAGGUAAUGCCAGAGCGUUGUCCACAGUCACCGCGAUCAUCGAUGGAACCGGCUCUGUAGGUGCAGCCGUGGGCCCCCUGCUGGCCGGAGUCUUGUCCGCAGGCGGGUGGGAUCACGUCUUCUACAUGCUGAUGGCCGCAGACUUCCUGUCGCUGCUGUUUUUGCUGCGACUGGUGACAAAGGAGCUCAUCUCUGUUAAGUCCAGACCCAUCACAGCCGUGGAGCUGAAGGAGCACUAAUCUCCUGUUCAUCAUUCAGACCUGAAGGCAUCCAGCGUUACAUCUCCUCGGCCGUGCUGGAAUGCUACGGCACAUGUCCUGGACACGAUGGCAUCUUGAAGUCAACGGACGCUGGUCUGCUGGACAUGGAACUGAUUUCUGGGCAUCUCGGCGUGGAACACAUCCCUGGAGUACAAUUCCAUUCUGGAAGCAAAGUGGUGUGUGAUGCUCUCGGGUGCUCCCCACAUUGGUUCAUCCCUCCCCCAACUCCGCGUGGUGGCCCAGUGUUUGGGUCUGGCACUGGUUCAACCUGAGGCCACUCAUGUCAGUCGUGUGUUUUGGGCUCAACUGUGGACUUGUUGCAACUGUGGUUGCUGGUAAGACUCCAACCACUCAAAGCCUUAUUCUGCACUGAAGACCUUCAACCUGGUGGCCUUUUAUUUUGACAGUUUUGUGCAGAUAUGUUUCUACUUGAAUUGCACUUGUGUUGAUGCAGUUUAUCACGUGACCAGUGAAGGAGGUCUGACAGUCACUCACCAGGAAGAAAGGCUCGCUACAGAGACCGUGUAUUAUUUAUGGAGUUACUUGUGUAGCGAGGAAGUGCAACAUAAUAAAGGGGGCGUUUGUUCUCUC